ACCCAUAAUCAUACGAAAUCAUUAUUAAGUGAAUACAGCAAAUUAUUUUCUGACGACUUCAAUUGUAAAAAAAUUAAUAGAAUUGUCAAAUAUAAACAUACUGCAAGCGGCAUUUUGCAGCCCAUAAAACUGGCCAUCAACCACGCUACUGCAGCACAUCGAUAAUACGCGAAUUGAUAUAAUAAAAACCAUGCAAAAAAAGACGCAUGUUCAGUCUUUGGUAAGUCAACUGCGAACAAAACCAGAUGAUAACUAAACGAGAGAGCGUGUGAGUGAGACGGGGCGACGCGAGUAGAGACAUCAAAACCCGAAGCGAGUCGCGAAACUGAGGCCUCAGUCCAUUUCCAGUUCCAGGAGAACUUGCAUAUAUAAUUAAUAAACAAGCACCAAAUUGUCACACACAAGAAUGGCCGAUUCGCUGCUGAUGGAGGAGCCGCAUCCCUAUAUAGAGGAUGUCGCCGCCUCUGUUAUUGUUGAUCCAGUCGAAGCUGGCGGCGCCGUUGCUGCCGGCACACUGCCAGCUGCUGCCAUACAGUUUGCAGAUCUCACAGAGAGCGGCAGUGAGAGCGGCGAGGACGAGGUCAGCAUCGACCAGCAGCAGCAGCAGCAGCACCAGCAACAUAGACAGCAGGAGAAUGGCUCCCCCGUUACCGGACACAACACGCCCGCUGCACGCUCCUCGCCGCCACCGAAUUGUGCCAUUUGUCUGUCCCGCUGCAGGCGCAAAUGCUUCACCGACUCGUGCAUGCAUCAGUUCUGCUUCAAGUGUCUGUGCGAGUGGAGCAAGAUUAAGCCGGAAUGUCCACUGUGCAAGCAGCCCUUCAAAACCAUCAUACACAAUGUGCGCACCCUGGACGACUAUGAUCGGUAUCCGGUGCAGUCCAGCUCGCCGGAGCACCCGUCGCUCAGCUUUCAUAUUGUGAACAUACGACGCCAACGCUUCUUGCCCCAGCAUCAGGGCGUCAUGACCAACGACAUCGACGCAGCUGCCACCGAUGAGUCACAGGAUGGCUUGGCGCAGCCUUCGCGCAUGCAUGCGCCCUUCAAUCGCUUCGAGCCGUAUCGCAUGGAGCUAUUGAAUUUCUAUCGCCACGAUCAGGAUGCCGGUGGUUCCGGCUCGCUGAGUCAGCUCUGGCGUCGCUAUGUCUACGACCGCAAGCUGUACGCAUUGCCGGUCAGCGAUAGCCUCACCGGACAUUUUCGCGAGUGGAGCGCACGCUUCUACAGAGAUAAUCCCGCACAAAUGCAUCGCCUAAUGCCGUGGAUCAAUCGGGAUAUAGUGUGUCUGCUGCGGAAUUCGCCGCAGAAUGUGAGCGAGGUAAUGCAGCUGAUGCACGAUAUUCUGCCCAUGAUCAAUAUACCGACCCGCACAUUCCGGCGCCGCCUUUCGCCGUUUCUGGGCGAGCGCACCAAUCACUUCAUACACGAGCUGUUCAACUUUGCCCGCUCGCCCUACGAUAUGAUUGGCUAUGAUCGUGUCGUGCAAUACUCGGCGCGUGUUGCCGAAGAGGUGGAGGUGGAUCUGCUUGACUUGGUGUCCACCAACGAGGGUAGCGUCUCGGUUCCAGCGGAUGCCAGUGGCAGCGGCAAUGGCAGCGAGCCAAAUGGCAGUGCGGCGGAGUCGUCCAGUGAUUGGAGCCGCUUGCCACGGCCAUCAACUAGCGUGAUUGUGACCAAUCCCAGUGCAACACAUUCCUUCAGCGUCACCAUGGCCACCGAUGGCAGCGAACUGCCGGGCAUCUCCAUACGCCGCACCACCACUUCAAAUGUGGGUUCCCAAACGGUGGCCAUCAACCUGAGUAUGCGUCGCCCCGCCAACGAGGUAAUCGAAAUUGAUGACGGUGAUGCCGCUGCCAAUGCCGAAGUGGCUGCCAUUAAUGAUGGCAGCAGCCAGACCGGUCGCCGCCAAGCGGGCGCCAGUCUGCCCAUAAGCGCCCACAUUGAGCUCCAGAGCAGCGACUGUAGCAACAGCAGCGAUGAUGACGAAUGCGUUUUUGUGCUGGAGCGCAAACCGCCGCAUUUGCGUACACCGGAGCUGGUCAGCCUGGACUCGAAUAGCGACUCUGAUGUGGUCUUUGUCGAUGAGCAGAAGCCCAGCACGCCGCCCAAACCGACAGCCGGCGACAGCGUGGAACAAGCUGCCGCUGAUGCUGCCGCUAUGGCUGCUGCUGUUGCCGCUGGCGGUUUAUCCAGUGAGCUCUUUAUGGGCCCCAGCACCAGCACAGGGGUGUGCUCCACCUCGGGCAAGCACUGGAAGACAGUGCUGGAGGAGGCGCGUCGUCAGGAUCCACGCAUCGGUCUGUCCAAACGACACAUGACACGCGCUCAACACCGCAGCCUGCCACCGGCUGUCAGAAGCAGCAGCAGCAGCAGCAGUGGCACCAACUGGACCAACAGCAGCAGCAGUAGCAGUAGCAGUAGUAGCAGCAGCAGUGAUGACUCCCACGUAAAGGUAACGCUCCGCAAGAGGCGCGCGGUACGCAAAACCAAAGCUCGCAAGCGUACUGCCAAAAACAAGCCGACACUCAGGUUGAAGAGCAAACGCCGCAAGAAGCAGGUGAUCGAGCAGCCGCAGGAUUUGCGCCUGGAGAGCAGCGCCAAGAGCAGCAGCAGCAGCAGUGAUGAGAGCAGUGGGAAUAACAGCGAGACUGCUGCUGCAGGCAAUAAAAUCAAAAAGAAGCGCAGCCACAUUAAGAUGAGCAGCAGCAGCAACAACAACAGCAGCGACGAGGACAGCACGGAAAACUUAUUGUUGAGCCAAUUGCGUGCCACGCUCAAGGCGGAGGUAAAGCCGCCCAAGCGUGAACUGAGAGCGGAUUCAGACGAGUCACAGCAGCUUCCAGGGCAGCUGAAGAGCAGCGAUAGAAAGCGCCGUCACAGCUACAGUCACAACAGCAACAGCAAUCUGUCCAGCCGCAGCCACAGCAACAGCGUGACUAGCACCUUGGCCAGCCACGGCAACACUAUGUCCAGCUGCUCAGCCCUGAGCCUAGCGCUUACCAAUACGGAUGGCCAUGUGCCGCUGACACAGCCGCUGUCCGUCAUGCAUGAUAUAGCUAAUUCGCUGAUUGAGCUCUCCACUGUGAGUGUGGGCGGUGCUGGCAGCGGGUUGUUCAAUGAGCAGUCGCAGGAUGUGGAGGAUGCGAUAAGCUACCACCUGCACAAUGUGUUGCCCAGCGGGAGCGCGCACCAAGCCGAUGAUGAUGAGGAUGCACAGCUGGGCAUCUACUCCGAUGCCAGCAAUGAUGACUAUGUAAUUGAUGUGGUCAGAGAUGCAAAUAGCAGCAUCCAAGGCGAAUAUGUCGAUGCCAUUGAGGAUAAUGUGCAUGAUGGGCAGGAGCAGGAGGAGGAAGAGGCAGAUGAGGCAGUCGAGCACGACGAGGAGGAGGACGAGGACGAAAACGAAGACGAGGAUGAGGAGGAGGAAAAUGAUGACAAUGAAGCGACCGAUGAUGCCGAAGACUCACCAGCACCUGACACUGAGGCCAGCGACUCGGAUCAGGAUGCAAUGGAUGCCUACUAAGACGCCUUGCCGCUUGCUUAAGCACGAACUGUUUAUAUUUUUUUGUUUUUAAUAGUUUUUUAUUAGCUGUUUUUUACAACUCGUGUCACGUCGUUUUAAACCCCAUUGGCCAAACGCUCACCUCACCCCUUCCAUUAUGAGUGGCCCCAUAAACUUGUUGACUAUACUAUACUAUAACAAAAAAAAACAAAAAAAAGAAGCAAAUACCACAUUUAAAUUUAGUCUUUAAUGUUAA